ACCUUGCUGUUUCCUUGGGCGUAUCUUCCAGAUCUGAUCAGGGUUGCCUUAAUCAUCCUUUCUCCUCUCUUUAUCUCCUUUCCUCCACUUGCUCAGUAUGGACAAACUUGGAAAGAAAGACGCCGAAGCGAAGAGCAUCUAUCGGAUUCCGCCAUAUUACUACCUUCACGUACUGGACCAAAACACUAACGUGACAAAGGUUGAAGUGGGGCCCCAGACUUUUAUAAGGCAGGACAAUGAGAAGGUUAUACUUGGUCCGGAGAAGAUGAUUGUCGUUCCUCCUCGCCACUAUUGCGUGAUUGAGAACCCUGUGGUACGGGACGGGGACUCUAAGCCGAUACUGGAUUCUAACGGGCAGGUCAAGCUACGUCAUGCUGACCAGGAGAUACGACUAGCUCAAGAUCCUUUCCCACUCUUCCCUGGAGAGAACUUAAAACAGUCUGUUCAGCAGCUGAAAGUUGUUCCUGCUAAUUCCGCCCUGAGACUGAGGGCUAUUCUCGAUUUUGAGGAUCAAGAUGGAACCAAGAGAGUCGCUGGUGAUGAGUGGCUCUUUGAAGGACCUGGAACAUUCAUACCGUGCAAGGAAGUGGCAGUUGAGGAGACAAUCAGAGCUACUGUCAUUCGUCCUAAUCAAGCAAUUAAACUAAGAGCUAGGAAAGAGACCACUGAUCGUGAUGGCAAUGAUCGAGUCACAGGUGAAGAAUGGCUAGUUAAGAAGGUUGGUGCGUAUCUUCCUGGGGCCUACGAGGAGGUCGUUGAUGUGGUUGAUGCUUACGUAUUAACAGAGAAGGUUGCUCUCCACAUGAGAGCCACUAGGACUUUCAAUGAUAAGACAGGAACUACAAGAAAGAACGGAGAGGAGUGGCUGAUAAAGAUGGAGGAUACUGAAGCUCACAUACCUGAUGUCUAUGAAGAGGUCGUUGGCAUAGUCAAUAUAACUACUCUUAACAAUCGCCAGUACUGUGUGAUCCUGGAUCCUGUAGGAGAUGACGGAAAGCCUCAAUUGGGACAGAAGAAACUCAUCAAAGGAGAAAGGUCGUUCUUCCUCAGGCCGGGAGAGAGAUUUGAAAAAGGAACACAAAAUGUUUUUGUCCUUGGAGAAGACGAAGGGCUAAUUCUAAAAGCCAACGAAGCUUAUACUGAUGAUGACCAUGGUGUUGAUAGGCGACCAGGUGACCGGUGGAUGAUCCGUGGACCACUUGAGUACGUCCCACCAGUUGAAGUUGAGGUCGUUACAAAGAGAGUGGCGAUACCUCUUGACGAGAAUGAGGGUAUCUACGUGAGGGAUAUCAAAACUGGGCGUGUCCGUGCCAUCUGUGGCGCUACUUACAUGUUGACUCAAGACGAAGAACUUUGGGCCAAGGAACUGCCACCUGGAGUGGAGGAGCUACUGUCAGAAGGGAAGGACCCACUAGCUGAUCGGUCUGAUAGAGGUCGUCCAUCUGCUCAACUCAAGCGUGACAAGAACAAAGUCGUCACGUUCCGAGUCCCUCACAACGCUGCCGUACAGAUCUACGAUUAUAAAGACAAGAAAGCUCGUGUUGUGUUUGGACCAGAGAUGGUAAUGCUUGGACCAGACGAGCAGUUUACCCAACUCUCUCUUUCGGGAGGAAAACCAAAACGACCCAAUCAGAUUCGCUCGCUCUGUCUCCUCCUUGGGCCCGAUUUCUGCACUGACAUCAUCACUGUGGAAACGGCUGACCACGCCCGUCUUUCUCUCCAACUCUCGUAUAACUGGCAUUUUGAUGUUGACAAGACAAGUGCAGAUGAUGCUUCGAAGAUAUUUUCUGUUCCUGAUUUUGUUGGUGACGCUUGCAAGGCCAUAGCCUCUCGCGUCCGUGGAACUGUCGCUGGAGUACAAUUUGAUGACUUUCACAAGCUUCGGCAACCUUUGAACUUUGAUUUUUAUGAUGUACCCUUGUACUCAUUCGAAAUUGGCCCCAAUAGUUCUGAAUCUGUUGCUGUGACUGCUAAUGGGAAGCUAAUGAUUACAAUGAGAGAUAUGAUCACACCAAUGAAUGAUGAUGUUAGACAACAAUAUGCUGUUUUUAAAGAUGAAGCUGUCACCCCUGAUCUGCCAGUUUAUACCAGUCAAUAUGGAGUUAACAUUACCAUACUUGGAUUUUCUUCUGUAACCGUAUCACUCGGCUCCUUUCGUAUGAUUGUCAAGGAGACCCCUAACAUAUUGGAGGUCAGUUUAAAGGGAAGUAUUAUAUCAGAUUGUCUUGAUGCCUACAUUGUUCCAUUAUCUGUACACUGCCUCAAGCUAAGAGGAUUAGAUGUGUCUUGUUUCUCUACUAGUUCCAGAAAUAGUAUCAAGUUUGAUGCAGAGCACUUUUGGAAUCUUUUGUCAAGAAUGAAAUAUUUGGAAUAUUUGUUUGUCAACUGUUGCUCUCUCUCACCACUCAUCUCCAACUCACAGUGUGGUGAACGUCCAUCAAGAGUCCUAACUGAUAGAGAAUUGGUAGUCAAGGAAAGUGUUAUUGAUCAUAUUAAGAGAAUGACCAGACUCAAAGGUCUUCAUGUCACUAACUCACGUGGCACUACUAUGACUGAAGAGUUACAUUACUUUAUUAGUCAACAUUUGCUUUCAAUUAUUUCAAAUCUGGAGUCUCUUUUAUGUCUGGGAAUCGAUAUUUCAUAUAGACAGACUACUAAAUUAAAGUCAUACAUUAUUGAAGGGCUUGAAAGCAUACUUCAUAAAUGCCACAGACUUGCAGUUCUUUACAUUUAUUGUACACCACUCUUUUUUAAAAAAGCUAUCAAACUACCAGUAGACCCAGCACUGUAUGGUAAUCUCACUCAUCUCAUCCUUGAUUGUUCAUUCACACCAAUGACUUCAGCACUUGGUAAUGCUUUAGCUAUCAGUAGCAAGAAAUAUCAACUAAAGCAUUUAUUCUUGGCUAGCAAGACUGAAGAAGAUGUUUUGAAAGAAAUGAAAGCGGGUAAUUUUAUUCAGUUUUACCAAUUUAAAGGACUUUUAUGUAGACAUGAUAGUUCAGUGCAGCAGACUUAUUUUGACAUUUCAGAGUUAGACUUAAAUAUAGACUUCGCACGUUUACAUUAA